ACCUAUCACUCAUUCACCAACUUGUUGGGUCGGAGUGUGCUUGGGAAUCCUAGGGGCGAUUGGCUCUUCCUCUAUCAUUGAUUUCUGGGAUGUUUCCCUUCUGGAUUGUAUUUCGUGUUCUUUUUGAUGAUUUAAUAUAAGUUUUGAUGCUUUGGUUAAAAAAAAGAAAAGGAUGAUGUAGAUAGAAUUUUCCUUAACACAAUCCGAUGAUCUAAUACUUGAGCAUUACAUUUACAUAGAGGUGUCUCUUAUCCAUUUUGCUUUUUCAAAAUCCAAUUUGUAUACAAAUAUGUAUCGAAUUUUGAAUAUAAUCCCCCUAUAAAGUAUGAUGAUCUGCGAUAAUUAGGGCUAUUUCGCCCUUUUCCACCACAGAUUCGAUCACUGCCUUCACCAUUUUCCACCACUCCAGCUGCAAGCCGAAGUCUCCUCUCGUCGCCACUCCAGCCAACGCCGCUGCCCACCGACGCCUCCAGCCCCGUCGCCGUCCAGCACCGUCCAGGUAUUAUGUCGAUUUAUGCGCUGAAAUACUGAAGAGAGUAAGUAUUUAGUUAGUUUGUGUUGAUGGAUGAUGUUAAUAAGCAGUGAUGUAGGAGUUGUGAGUAAAAGAUAGAUAGGGAUCGCAUAUUAAUUGGGUGAAUUUCGCUUGGAGUUACUCAGGUGAAAGUUCAUGUUAUUUGAUUGCUGAGUUUAUUGACUUCAAAAUUUAUAAUUGUUCAAUGGAACUCAUGUAGAACUGCUUUUUGUUAAUUGUGUUUGUUGCCAUUCAGGUAUUUUUGUUGGGAAAAACAAUAACAGGGAAAAUGCUCUGGAUUCAAAAGCAGAAAGCAAGAUGGGCAAAGCUGAAAGUUCUAGUGAUAAAAGUUUUGCCUUCUCUGAAAGUUGCUAAAAAGAUGAAGCUGAAAUUUACAAAAGCAUGGAUAUCAUUUCUAAAAAUACCACUCCCACUCAAUGUGUACAAAGAGGUUCUGGUUAGCCUUCAUCAGACAGUCAUCCCUUACUUGUCAAAGCCUAUCAUGUUGUGUGAUUUCUUGACACGAUCAUAUGAUAUUGGUGGGGUUGUCAGUGUCAUGGCUCUUAGUAGCUUGUUUAUCCUCAUCACUCAACAUGGUAUAGAGUAUCCAAACUUCUAUGGAAAGCUAUAUGCUCUUCUAGAGCCUUCUAUUUUUUUGGCAAAACAUCGGGCAAAAUUCUUUCAGCUUCUUGAUUCUUGCCUGAAAUCACCACUUCUUCCUGCAUAUUUGGCUGCUGCUUUCUGCAAAAAAUUGAGCAGGCUUUCACUUUCAGUUCCUCCCUCAGGAUCUCUUGUUAUUACUGCUUUAAUCCACAACCUUUUAAGGAGACAUCCAUCAAUAAACUGCUUAGUACAUCAGGAUGAUACUGAUGAGACAACUAAAGAAAAUUCAGAAGCAGAGAGAGAGACUGAUGUAGUCUCUGUUAAUGGAUUGGGCAUUGAUCCUUUUGAUGAGGAAGAGAGGGAUCCUUUGAGGACUAAUGCCAUGAGUAAGCUUUUCCUGCUUCAGCUUAAUUCCCUGAUUUUUUUUAACCUUUAUGUGAUUUGAGAAGACAUUUUAAAAGAUCGAUCUAGAGUAUGGUUGCCUCUAAACCAUAUGCAUGGUCUGUUUUAUAGUUAUUUGGUCCAUUCUGAUUGUUAGUGAUGGACCAUUUCAUGUAUAACCAAAUAUUUGUUGUUUAGGGCUAAUUCUUUUUGCUUUUUGAGGGCAUAUCUUGCGAAAAGUAGGGCAUCUACAGAUUCUUGCAAGUGCUUUUGUGCCGCGAUCAAGCAGUGCAUGAUAGCAGCGUUCCUUUGUCUCCACAGUGCCUUUAUGCUAAACCAAUUGACGCUAAGACAUUUUGAAAUGGAUAGAAUUUGCAAGGUAAAAUUACCGAGUAAAUGUUUUUCAACAAAGUAGGGGCCCAAAUAAAGACAAAAAGAUAGUUACAAUUUAAAGAAAGAAAAAGAAAGCAAAGAGGUGAGACAUACCUACAAUCUAAAUUUGUCACUGUUGAUUUUAAGUUUUCUUUGUAUUGUAACUAACUUCUCUUUACAUGAUACUAUAGGAGCAUGGAACAAAUGUCAACAACCUUUAUGCUUUUGGUGUUUGGUGAAUCUGUCUUAAAUGAUGCAAUGGCAAUAUCUUUGUACAGGUUAGUCCACUUGAAAGUAUUUUUCUAGUAAAGAGAAAUACUGGAGAUUCAUUAAUAAUCCCCAUACUACUAUUUUGAAGGACAUUUUCACUAGUGAGAAGCCAUAUGUCAUCUGCAAGUAAACAUGUGUACUUUCAUUUUGAGGCUAAGCUAAAAUCCAAUGUUCAAUGAUAUAGAAUAUUUCAGUGCAGCUGCUUUUAACAAUAUUUGUAAUUUUUGUUAUACAGUGUAAUUUAGUUUAAAUGAUCCCUGAUUUUUGGGGCUAACAUUAUUGUGGCAUACUAGCAUGAUCAUUUUUUUAUCUUUCGUCAA